AUGAUUCGAAAGGUACUCUUGUUAACGACGAUGUUGGUAGGAAUUUUGAGCGAACCUCAAGGAUCUGCCUACCUUCCACCUACAGGAUCCGGACCACGUCCAAAUACUGGAGGAAGUGGCCACCCAGACGAGUGGGCCGGUGAUCCGGCAAAUUACGAGUUUUCGUAUGAAAUAGAAGAUGCAGUAGCUGGGUUAAAUUUUGGCCAUCACGAAUCACGAAAGGACGAUGAAGCAACUGGAACUUAUCAUGUACUAUUGCCAGACGGUAGGACGCAGAUCGUCGACUACGUUGCCGACGGUGCUGGCUAUCGUCCCAUGGUACGGUACGAGGGAACGGCAACGUAUCCAGCUGCAGAGUCGCCUGCUUCACGAGGAUCUACCAGUAACGAGGGAUACAGAUACUAAUCAAGUUACAGA